GACAGGUUGGAGGAAGACGGAGUGGGCGGUUGGGCGGUUUCAAGCGCCCACCCGUCGUCUUUUUCGCCCUCCUGUCAGCUACCAUGGCUAGCUUAGACCCGCAGGCCUUGGCUAGAAUUCUGUACUAUGCUCAGGAAAAAUACUUCAACCACGUGGUUCAUGUAACAAAUACAGAACUGUCAAAACAUCCUCAUGAUGCUGUGUUGCUGUUUUUCAAGGGUAUUGGAACUGUAUUACUCGGACGAAACCAAGAAGGUAUCUCACUUCUUGAAAAUGCCCGGAAGCGCCAUAUAGAUGUUUCCUUAUGUUGCCUCCUUGGUCUCAUAUAUGCACACAAGAGAUGUGAAAAUGUUGAUGCGUCUGCUAUUUUGGACUUGGAAACCAAAUUAAAAGAAGCGCGGAAGACUGCUGGAAGCAACGCGUGGUAUUAUGGUGGCAUGUUGCUGUGGCUGUUGAAUAAACAUGAGAAAGCCAAGGACUACGUCGACAAAAUGCUGAAAAUAUCUAAUUGUUCAAGAGAGGGGUUUGUUUUGAAAGGAUGGAUAUAUGUCACAUCUGACAAACAACAUUAUGUUAAGAAGUCUAUCAAAUACCUAGAUGAGGGAAAUCAAGACAACACUGAUAUAUUCGGAAUGAUGGGAAAGGCAAAAUAUUUCAUGGCACAACAGAACUAUUCAGGAGCUCUACUGAUAAUUAGCCAAUUAGUGGUCACAUUACCGUUCUUCACGCCCGCCCUUGUCACCAAGAUGAGGCUACAUUUAGCACUGCAGGACUGGGAACAAAGUGUAGAAGAAAGUAACAGAAUUCUACGCACAGAACCGAAUGAUAUCGAUGCACUCCAGAACUUGGUUGUAAAUCAUCUCACCGUGACUGGGAAUAAAAGUAUGGCAUUGGAUAUGCUUAGAGAAUUUAUUGGCGCUUUGGAAAUGAAAGAACCUCAAAGAUCAGAGCUUCAUCUUGAGAAAAUGCUGGUAAUCAGUCGAGUGGCUGGGAAGAAUCAAGAUGUUCUACAGGAAGUGUAUGACUUUAUUAAAAAAUCGGGUGGCAACCUAGUAUCCACUGAUGCACGUUUUGCAAAUGAAUUAGGAUAUCAGCAAAUUCUUCAGGGAAACUGGAAGGAAGCAUACGUAUGGUAUAAAGCCGCUCUGCAGUUGGACGAAAGCCCAGUUGAUUCACUGACAGGGCUUAUAUGGUGCCAGGUGCUCGAAGGAAAACUAGAAGAGGCCGAACAGCAGUUGGAGUUCCUAAAGGAAGUUCAGCAAUCCAUCGGAAAAUCUUCAGCACUGGCCUACCUUCAGGCUGUGAUUGCUUCAAGAAAACACAAGGACGAGCAGGCUGCCAGCGCCUUUCUCAAUGAAGCCGCCGAACUCCAUUUUUCUGCCUUGCACGGCCUUCCUUUAAGCAUGGAAUACUACGAGAAGCUCAACCCUAUGUUUUUGAUUGAAAUCGUGAAAGAGUAUUUAGUCUUCUGCCCCAAACAGCCGCGGUUACCUGGACAGGUGUUGUCCUCCCUCCUUAAGCAAGCAACAAUAAUAUUGAAUCCCCUUGUGAAAGCAGCUCCUGGAAUGAUUGAGCCUCUUUUUCUAAUGGCGCAGGUGAAAUAUUUAUCAGGAGAAUUAGAAACUGCUCAGGGUACUCUGCAGCGCUGUUUAGAACUGGACCCAACAUCGACAGAUGCCAAUCUUCUUAUGGCCGAGAUCCACCUCUGUCAAGGAAACAUCAAGGAAUGUGCCCAUUCGCUAGAAAUAGGGGUCAGCUACAAUUUUCAGCUUCGUGAUUCCCCAUUGUAUCACUUCAUCAAGGCCAGAAUGCUCAACAAAACCGGAGAGUUUGCUGAAGCCAUUAAAAUUUUGAAAAUGCUUCUCAGUUUACCUCAAAUGAAAAGGGAAAACAAGAAAGGCCCGGCGCCCUACUUAACUACAAGCGAACAAGUUUCUGUUUACCUGGAACUUGCUGAAGCUCUUAGACUCAAUGGAGAACUACAUGAAGCUACUAAGAUAAUGCAAGACGCCAUUAAUGAAUUUAGUGGGACGCCAGAGGAGAUCCGUGUUACUGUUGCUAAUGUAGAUUUGGCUCUCAGUAAGGGAGAGGUGGAUGUAGCCUUGACUAUGCUGAGGAAUGUCACGCCGAACCAGCCGUAUUACACCGAGGUCAAGGAAAAAAUGGCCCAGAUUUAUCUUCUGAUCCGAAAGGAUAAGAAACUGUACAUUGCUUGUUAUUGUGACCUGCGUGAACAUUUGCCUGGUCCUCAUACAAGUCUUCUGUUGGGUGAUGCCUAUAUGAAUAUUCAAGAGCCCGAGAGAGCUUUGGAGGUUUAUGAAAGAGCUCAGAAGAAGAAUCCUUUGGAUGCAACCGUGGCGAGGAGAAUCGGCCAAGCAUAUGUCUCCACCCAUCAGUAUAACAAGGCUAUCAAUUACUACGAAGUAGCUCUCAAGAUGAGUGAGCAAGAUUUCUUAUGUCACGAUCUGGCCGAUCUUCUUUUAAAGCUCAAGAAGUUUGGAAAAGCAGAGAAAGUUCUAAAUCAAGCACUUGAUCAUGACUGUGCUGAUGAUCUGCCCUCAAUGAUGAAAGAUGUUAGGAACUGGAUAUUACUAGCAAAAGUUUAUGAUACAAAUAAAAGGGGAGAAGUUGUUCUGGAAACUCUGAGCAAGGCCUAUGACACCCAGCAAAGGAUAUUGAAGCGAAUCCGUGUAGAACAGCCUGAACUCAUACCUUCUCAGAAACAAGUGGCAUUGACAGUCUGUGUACAGUUUGCUGAAUUUUAUCGGGCAGAAAAAGAGUAUGAAAAGGCCAUCAAGUACUACACAGAAGCCCUGGCUUGUGUUCCCACUGACAGUAAAAUAUUAUCAGAAUUAGCUUGCCUGUAUUUGAUACAAGGAGAUAUAGACCAGUGUGAGCACUAUUGUACUCUCCUGCUUCAGGAUGAUGACAGCAGUGAAAUUGGGACCAUGAUUAUGGCCGAUCUUAUGUUUGGAAAAGAAAAAUACGAGCAAGCAAUCAGCCUAUAUCGAACUGUUUUGGAGAAGAGACCAGAUAACUUCCUGGUCAUGGAGAGCUUGAUUGAUUUGCUCAGAAGGAGUGGUCAACUUGAAAAAGCAACUCCUUUUUUUGAGCUGGCCAAGAAAAAGUCAAGCCGAGUGCCUCUGGAGGCUGGCUAUAACUACUGCAUGGGACUUUACUGCUGGUACAUGGUGCAGCCCAAUCAGGCCUUGAAGUUCUUCAACAAAGCUCGGAAAGACCACGACUGGGGCCAGAAAGCCCUCAACUGUAUGAUUCAAAUAUGCCUGAAUCCUGAUAAUGAGAUAAUAGGGGGAGAGACAGUGGAAAACCAGAGUACCAGGGACACCAGUAUUCAGAAGGAAAAGAGAGAAUCUGAACAGCAUGGGAUACGUACAGCCGAGAAGCUUCUCAAGGAGUUUUACCCGCACUCCCAGGAAGGCCAGAACCAGGUGGAGAUGUUGCAGAGCUAUUGUUUAAUGGCCACCAAAGAGAGCCACAAUGUGGAGAAGGCUUUGAAAGUAUUUAGAGAAGUGGGCCAAAAUGAGAGAGACAGUGUCCCGGCUAUUUUGGCAAUGGCUCAGGCGUACAUGAUUCUUAAGCAUACUGCCAAAGCCAGAACCCAGCUGAAACGUUUGACCAAAGUCAACUGGUCCUUGAGAGAUGCCGAUGAGCUCGAAAAGGCUUGGCUUCUGUUGUCGGAUAUCUACUGUGGCAUCGGGAAGUACGACCUUGCGAUUGAUCAAGUGAAGCGUUGCUUGCGGUACAACAAGUCGUGUGCUAAAGCUUAUGAAUGCUUGGGAUUUAUCUCUGAAAAGGAAAAUUCUUAUAAAGAUGCUGCAUUCAACUAUGAAUUAGCUUGGAAAUAUAGUAACCAAGCAAAUCCUGCCAUUGGAUUUAAGCUUGCUUUCAACUAUAUGAAAGAUAAAAGAUACGUGGAAGCAAUAGAUGUAUGCCAUGAUGUCCUGAAAGCAUGCCCAGACUAUCCCAAAAUUAGAGAAGAAAUCUUGGGAAAGGCCCAAGCAGCAAUUAAACCGUAGAAUAUGCAAAUUAUAUAUGCAUCUGCAGGAUGUGAAAAUCUGUCAAUGGAUUUUGAGCCUCACAGUCUGAUUUUCAAUAAAGCUUGUCUGAUACAGUUUAAAGCUC